AUGGGAGAAAAAUGUGAAAUCAACGAUCUUUUGGUGCCAUUGAAGGAUAAACGUCUCCGUUUGGGGUCUCAUGAGUAUAAAAUGGUGGAACCUAUCGCCACUGGACCGUUCUCCUCUGUGUUUUUAGUGGAAGAGGACGGGAUACCGUAUGCGAUGAAGGUGGAGGCGCAAGUUGGAUGUUUGAGACCUGUUUUGAAGCUCGACCGUGCCGUCCUCUCCGCACUUGACAAUCAAACCGGCUUCCCAUCUCUCAUCGACGCCGGCCGUACCGAUCACUUCAAAUAUGUCGUCAUGCAACUCGUCGGUCCCGACCUCUCAUCCCUUCUCGAAUUUGCACCUCAAAAUCGAUUCUCCCAGUCGACAAUCUAUAAAAUCGCUCUACAAACUUUGGAACGUCUUCGGAUUCUUCAUGAUGCUGGAUGGUUGAAUCGAGAUGUGAAGGCACAGAACUUUGCUGUCGGGUUCGGUGAGGAAAGCAGUAUUGUUUAUAUGCUGGAUUUUGGACUGACACGGAGAUAUCUAGAACCAAAUGGUCGUCGUCAUCUGCUCCGCCCGUGGGGUCCAUCAGUUGGCACGUUUCCGUAUGCUCCCUUGAAUUCUCUUGGAUUCUUGGAUCAAACACCGGCUGAUGAUGUUGAAGGUAGUUCAAUGUUUAUUUAUCUAAAGUUUGUGCCUAUUCAGGAUGUUCCUGAUGGAUGGUCGGAAAUUUUUGAUAUGAUUGUGAAGACGGCACACCACGAACGUCCGGAUUAUCACAAAAUUGCGUGCAAAGUGAUUUCAAUUGCACAAAAAGAGAAUAUUGACUUGACGGAACAGUUUGAUUGGCAGACGAAUCCAGUCCUCCGCUCAUUGGUUCGUCUUGGACCGUUGAGUUGUGAUGAGUUGACAAUGCAGACUUGCGGAACACCGAGAGCCACUCGAAUGAUUCUUUCACCGAUUUGA